CCUCCCCUCACCAUCAAGGGUUUUCCUCCUCUCAUAGCCUUCGCCGCUUCACCGCUUCACCACUGCUGCCUUCCCUUCCUCGCAAGCCUCUCCCCGUCCGCCUCGCCGCCGCCGCCGCCGCCCGUCCGAUCCGCCAUGGCGUCCGACCAGAACGAAGGUUCAAAAUCGGAGGGGUUGGCAGCUGGUGCAGGCCUUCCCAGUCCUUUUGAUUUCUCCAACAUGAGCAGCUUGCUCAAUGAUCCAUCUAUAAGGGAGAUGGCUGAGCAAAUUGCCAGCGACCCUGUAUUCAACCAGAUGGCUGAGCAGCUUCAGAAAAGUGCGCAGGGUACAGGGGAACAGGGUGUUCCAAGUUCGGAUCCUCAAGCAUACCUGGAAACCAUGACAAAAGUUAUGCAGAAUCCGCAGUUCAUGUCAAUGGCGGAGCGUCUUGGGAAUAGUCUUAUGCAGGAUCCUGCAAUGUCCAGUAUGCUUGAGAACUUGACUAGUCCAGCUCACAAAGAGCAACUUGAAGAGCGAAUGACCCGUAUCAAGGAUGACCCGUCUUUGAAGCCAAUUCUUGAUGAGAUAGAGCGUGGUGGUCCAUCUGCAAUGGUCAAGUACUGGAAUGACCCUGAGAUUCUUCAAAAGAUUGGCGAGGCUAUGUCAUUGAACUUCCCAGUAGAUGCUGCUACUUCCACUGUACUAUCUGGACCUCAAGAAACUGAUGAAGAAGGCGAGGAUGAUGAUGAGUCCAUUGUCCAUAACACCGCCAGUGUUGGUGAUGCAGAGGGACUGAAGAAAGCAUUAGAUGGUGGAGCAAACAAGGAUGAAGAAGAUGUGGAGGGCAGAAGGGCCUUACAUUUUGCAUGUGGAUACGGCGAGUUGAAGUGUGCAGAAAUCCUUCUGGAGGCAGGCGCUGCAGUUGACGCACUGGAUAAGAACAAGAACACCCCGCUGCACUAUGCCGCUGGAUACGGUAGGAAGGAAUGUGUGGAUCUUCUUUUGAAGCACGGCGCUGCUGUCACGCUCCAAAAUCUGGACGGGAAGACCCCCAUCGAGGUGGCCAAGCUCAACAGCCAGGACGAGGUGGUCAAGCUGCUGGAGCAGGACGUGUUCCUAUGAAGCAAACCCUCAGACCCGGUGCUCAUCGAUCCUAAAACUCUUCCUUGUUUCUGGUCUCUCAGCGGUGUCAUGUCGUGGCAUGGUGUUGGUCGCUUUCCCUCGGUUUACUUAGUUUGGUAGCUCUCGCCUGUUACCUGUGUGGCCUUGCGGUGCUACUUAACAAGAGUCCAUCUUCUCCGUUGGUUUGAUCCUGCUGUGCAACCCUGUUCUUUGUCCAUCUCCAUGCACGGGGGAGCUAUUCGCUGUGGGAGCUGUCAGGGGUGAUGAUUGCAUCUAUACACCUGUCGUGAAUAUUUCUUGGUGUUGAAAAUGAUAUGGAAGGUGCAAAUUUUCUUUA